GCGUGCACGUGUGGCUUUUGAACUGCCCACACAGACUGUCAGAGAGAGAAGCGGGCGGGAGAGCGAAAUGCAGAGGCAGUAGCGGCGGCGCCGGCGUUGCUCCAAUCAGCCAGCUCCAGCCACUCCACUCCCAGCAACCGAGCGAGGGAGAUCUCCGGCGUCUCAGUCAGUGGGCGCGGGGCUUUAGCCGGGCCUCUCUCUGUGUGUGUCUCUCUCUCUUUGUGACCACCCACCCACCCCUCAAUCCGCACAAAAGGGGACAGAGGAGCCGAGGAAAAGAAGAGCUCCACCAUGGGAGGUAAACUGAGCAAGAAGAAGAAGGGUUAUAAUGUGAAUGAUGAAAAGACCAAAGAUAAAGACAAGAAGGCUGAGGGGACAACAGCUGAGGAAGGGGAGGCUCCAAAAGAGAAUGAGCCAAGCCAGCAGACCACCACGGAGACUGCAGAAGUGAAGGAGAAUAACAAAGAGGAGAUGGGAGACAAAGAUGCCCAGGUAGCUGCCAAUAAGACGGAAGAGAAGGAAGGGGAGAAAGGUGUAAGCCCAGAAGAACAGAAGAAGCCAGAACCAGAGAAGCCAGACACUCAGGGUGACACAAAGGCAGAGCCUCCGAAGAGCACCGAAACCUCUAAGGAGGAGCCGAGCUCAGAUGCUCCUCCAACCAGCAGUGACACCCCGAAAUCCUCAGAGCCCAGUGGUGAUGCAAAAGCUUCCCAGCCUUCAGAGGUCACAGCUACUAGUAAAGGAGAUGACAAGGGCAAGGAGGAAGGGGAAGCCAAAAAGACUGAGGCUCCUGCAGUCCCAGAAACUAAAAGUGAUGUGGCCCAAGCUUCAGACUCAAAACCCAGCAGCAGCAGCAACGAGGCUGCACCUUCUUCCAAGGAGACCCCAACAACAACAGAAGCACCUAGUUCUACUCCUAAGGCCUCAGAGCCUGCAGCCCCACCAGAGGAAGCGAAACCAUCUGAAGCUCCAGCAGCAAACUCGGAUCAAACCAUAGCAGUGAAGGAUUAAAUUGGACAGCCUAUUGCAAAACAAAACAAAAUUAACCACUUAAAACAACCUGUGUCUUUUUUUUAAUUAUCUUUUUUUCCCCAGCUCUACUAACUUGUUAUGUAGCUGAACUGUAUUGCCCAUGAAAACAAGCAAGCAAGCAAGCAAGAAGUAUCCCAUUAAGUUAAGGGGGAUGGGGGAAUGGUCGACAUGGGGUAAUCUAAAUAGUAUUUUUGUGGGGGAAAUAUCUAAUAUAGUUUCUGCCAACUUUCCAAAAAUCUCUGCAUUUCAUUAAGAAGACAACCCAGAUUGUCUGAAAGUGCAGUAUGCCUCUUUAUUUUCUCCUACUCCUUUUCUUCCUUUUCCUCCUGACCUGCUCUAAAUGCACUCCACUUAUCUUUUCCUUCCUUUUUCCUAGGAGAGAUGGAGGAGCAAUGAUAGGAUUAAUUCUGCCUUCUGGGCCAGUGCCAGACCAAUCAAAUCUUUAUAAAAGCAGUAUUUCUUGUGGGUUCUUUAAAAAUUUUAUUUACAGGCUUUAUCAUUUUGUAUUUUUUAUGCAGUGGAUGAAUGGCAACUUUCAGACAAAACUCACCUAGCUGUCAACAUUUUUUCUCAAUGCCAAUCCUGCAAUUCUUCUUCUUCCCCAAAUAUUUUUGGGAGUUAAAAAAAUAGUUAAAAAAAGCAUUCUCAUCCUACUUAGCCUACCUAGAUUUCUCAUGACGAGUUUAAUGCAUGUCUGUGGUUGAGUGCACCUGUAGUUCUGUUUAUUGGUCAGUGAAAAUGAAAAAAAAAAAUAUCUGCGUUCAUUGCAGUUCCAGUUUCUCUUCCAUUCUGUGUCACAGACACCAAGUCACCUCUCAUUGGAAAUAAACAAAAGAAAAAGCAAAAUGUACAAUGGAUGCAUUGAAAUUAUAUGUAAUUGUAUAAAUGGUGCAACAGUAAUAAAAGUUAAAUAAUUUAAAAAACA